GGCCAAGAUAAGUUACUUGAUGCAAAUGGUAACGGAAAACAAUUACAUGGGGGAAUUGGAUACAAAAAAUUAAAAGAACAAUUAAAAGAAACGGGAACUGAACUUAAUAAUAUAUCUAUUUCUAAUUUUAUUUUAAAUAGUUGUGAUAUUCAUGACAAUUUUUUUGAU